CCGUACGCCACGUGCACGCUCUUCCAAUGCUGUUUUCUCUACUAAUAUAAAUAAAUAAAAAAGAAAGAAAAAUAAAUGUUUAGCAUUUCAGAUAUUUUAUAUUAUAAUAUACAUAUAUGCGAUUUAUGCAGAUCUUACACACAAACAGUGUAGACGAGCUCUAAUGGUGAUUAUUAGGAUGAUUAAAAAACAUCUUAAAAUCGCCACAGCGGUAAGUCAAAAAUUGGGCAAACAGAUUCCGAAAAAUGGGGAGAAAGAAAUUGGAGAUAAAGCGAAUCGAGGAGAAUGGUGCGAGAAUGGUUUGUUUUUCGAAGAGAAGAAACGGUUUGAUUAAGAAAGCUAAGGAAUUAUCUGUUCUCUGCGAUGUCGAUCUCGCCGCCAUUAUCUUCUCCAACAGGGGCAAGCUUUUUCAAUACUGUAGCACUGACAGCAUCCUGCAACGAUAUCAAGCUGAAAGCUCGACAGGAUCUCGUGAGGAAAAGGGCCAGUCAUCUGACGAUUCGGGUUUUAUUACGAGUGAAGAAAUACUCCAAAAGGUUGAAAGUGAACUUGACGAGCUAAGUGUGACGGAUCUUGUACUUCUCGAGAAACAAAUCGGGGUUGCACUAAUUCAGACAAGAUCGGCUAAGACACAGAGGAUGCUCAAUACUGUAUCAAGCCUUCGUGAAGAGAAAAAGAACCUGGCGGAAGAAAAACGGAGCCUGGAGGAGAUAACUGGAAGCAAUCGAAAUGCGAGCAAAAAGAAGAUGAUCGUUGAUCUCAACAAUGUUGCAGACGACCGAAUGACCGAGUAGAAGUCAAUAAUAAUAACAAUAUAUUAUUGAUAUUAUGCCGAAACUUUUCAUUUAUGUAAAAUAACCCCCCUCGACAGAAGUAAAUAAAAGCUGCUAACGGGAGCUUCUGUAUUGCGAGUAAGCUACUCAAGCCCUAUUCUUUAUUCAGGCUAUACUGUGUCACUUUUUAUAUUCAUUUGCGGUUUUAUCCGUUGUAUGUUUAACUCUAUACACCUCGUUUGAGAAUAUUGAUGGGAUCGGGAUUUGUCAUAAUAUUAUAACAGGGUUUGAGGUUGGACUCAA